UUAAGUUUCAGAUCUAUUUAGCCUUAUGAUGUAAAAAUUUUGUUUAUUUUAAUGCCGGUAUUUAAAAUCGAAACGAUCACACAAUAAAAAAGUGGGAAAAACUGGAAUGAUAAUUUUGGAUUAUUAUUUGUGAUUGAAAACACAUACACAAAUACAAUGAUGCGUCUUUCAACUGAUGCGAACUAUUCUGGAGGUUCAGGAGAUGAAUUGGGACAUGUAAUAAAAGAUGACAUGGCAAGUAGACGCAUUUCUACUCAUAUUCCUGCACCUCUGAGAAAAAAGAAAAAUGAAGAACAAUAUAAAAAAUUUAUAACUCCGACUGGAAACCCUGUAGCAUAUCUUCAACAACACAUGAGAAGCAAAAGUAUGAGCGACUUGAAUGAAGAAAAGAAAGAAGAAGAAGCACAUCGACAUCAAAUUAAUGAAAGAUACGGAGAAAUGGAAAAAUUGAAAGUUUUACUCAAAGAAGAGGAAGACACGUGGACUUCAAAACUGCAAAGUUGGAAAUCUAGAAGACGAAGCGUAACAGAGGAUGCAAGAAAAAGAAAAGAAGAAAGAGAUUCUAUUGAGAAAGAACUGGAACACAAAGCUGCCAAAAAGAAGACGAAGACGUAUAAAGAAAUUGUUGAAGACAAAAUGAAAAGAGAUAAAGAGCUUGCUCAAUUAAACGACCACGACGAAUAUGAGUUUGUAAGUCCUAGAUCAUCUACUGUUACGAGUCCGACCAACUCUAGCAAUUAUACGUUCGAAGGGCUAGUAAGAGACGUACAAAUCAGGGAAAAGGAGAAUAAAACCGCAGCAACUAAGCCAUCAAAUGUUUAUUCAUCAAGGGAAGAAGCGCCAAAAACAAAUGGCUCUCAAGUACAAUACAAAUACACGACCAAAGUGACUGCUGUUAUAAAUAACACCCAAGCAGAAAACAAACACGCCUCUUACGAAGCACAGCCUCAAAUGAGAAGCACUAUAACUUACGAGAGAGUUCCAAACAAAAGCCAAGACAAUAGCGAUGUCAGGAGUACAAGUUUGUCAUAUACUCCAUCGAAAUCCCAAACACUGCCUCGCGGCGGUAUCUACAACUCCUACGAUCCAAGCGAUAGUGGCCCAGUCCAGAGAGGACCAAAACCGCCCCAAAGGUCUUCGUAUGAAAUGACUCCGCAAUCAAAACCUGUUCAGAGAGAAACUCGUAGCAAUGUGCCUAGUGUUCUAAUGAGAACUAAAAAUCCAAAUGCGCGGAAGGAACGACCAAAAUCAGCACACGAGUUGCCUACCGGGAGUAGCAGUACUUUACCAAGGAAUUAUCACGAGUAUUCAGCUCCGAAACCUUUUACUCCUGGUGCUAGUUCUUUUACCAAGUAUCGCAAGACAAAUUUUGCAAACCGUAGAAGCAUGUGGGAAAAUAUGAGCAAACCGGAAACAGACGAACCUCCGAGUUCUGCGGCUGAGAAAUUUCAACCUGCUCACGGACGAAGCUCCUCUAGCGAACUUCUCAUCACUAGGAGAUCCCAGGAUCAGUCUGUGACUUCGGAAUAUGCAGCACCAAAACAAAAUCAAACAAACAAAGACUCUAAUUUAAACAGGAAGCAUAUAAAUCCAGAGAUAUACCAGAAAUUUACUUCGUCUGUUUCUGCUCCUACUAAUACUGGUAAAACAGCUCAUCCCGCCAAAGUUCCUCUAGUAUCAAAGGCCCAAUUCACAUCAUCCACUCGAAAAUUUACAAAGUCAGCAUCACUCGAUUUAUCUGAGCAAGAGGGAAGUCAAACUGCCACUUUAUCAUUGAGUGGAUUGUCCAUGACAUCACCUCGAGUCAACAAGGCUGCAACAUUGCCAGUUCCGACUCGUCAACCAGAAGAGCGAGACCAUUUGUUUGAUGACAUGAAAAUUUGUAUUAAUCAACGACCCAGAAGCGAAAAGGGAUUUGGAUUUACUGUUCGAGGUGGCGAUGAUGGAAAACCAGUCAUUGUCGAUACCGUUAGUCCAGGUGGUGCCGCUGACAUUUGCCAUCUUUGUGUGAGUGACGAGAUACUUGCUAUAAAUGAAGUUCCUCUCGCUGAUUGUAAAACACAAGACGAUAUCGUACAAUUGAUUGUAUCAAGUGUUAUCACUGGAAAUUUAUCUCUGAAUAUUAGAAGAUAUGGAAAAGCCAAAAAAGCGAGUCCCCUUCGAUUGGCUGGAACAAAAGUUGUGAUGACAGCUGGUGGAUUUGUUCAAGUGAGAUCGGAUAAACCAAUAACGAGGACAAAUGAACCAGACAGAACAUCUUAUAACAUUGCCAGACCAAAAGAGAUUUCAGUUUCUUCUCCGGUACAUACAGAUGAUAAUAACAAUGAUAUGAUAGAUGGUGAUGAUGAGCUUCCUCCUCCUCCUACUCAGCAAGAAUUAGAAGCUGCUCAUUACGCUACUGUAGCUCAAACAAAUAACAGGCAUUUGAGUCCAUUAUCAGGAUUAGUUGCCGCAGCUUCACAAAAUUCGCAUCACAGGUACAAUGAUGCCAACAGCGAUAGCUUUGAACAAGCCAGUUCAUUUGACAGCUAUCGUGAUACUGCAUUAUCGGAAGUUCACUCUGACGGAGAUGAUAUUGAAGGAGAAGAAGAAUUAAGACAACAAGUUCUCGAAGCUCAAAAAGAAUUAGAUUUUGAACAAGUUGACCAGUAUGAUAUUAGAAGAAGAGAAGAAGAAAAUCUAUUGAGACUUGAGCUACAAGAAGAACAAAGAAAGUUGGAAAUGGAAGAAGCCCAAAGAGAAGAAAUUAGGAGGAAAAUGCAGGAGGAAGCAAAAUUAGAAGAUUUAAGAGUAGAAGAGGAAUUAAGAAAAAUACAAGCUCGAAGAAUGAAACAACAAGAACAACGUAGAAAUAACAUGCAGAGUUACCAAGAUCGACCCUCUGGGACGCAAAGCUCUCUUCCUACUGCCCCGCCUCAAGCAUCCCGGACUAAUGGAUUAGGUAUGAUGGGAAUCUUAGGCGGAGGACAACACUGGAUGGUUGAAGAAGCAGAACGUAGGAGAGUUGCUGAGAAGGAAGGAAAACCGAGAGCUAACGCAUUACAUUAUGGAAAAAAAUCGGACUCUCGAUCUGGUUCUGGUCUACCAGAUCAUGUGAUCCAACGCCUCACUAAUCGAGCUUCAGCAAAAUCAACCGGACCGCGACCAUUUGUAAAGGAGCCAUUUUGGAAUGAUCCAAACGCAAAGGCAACAUUGCUUUAGAUCCCAUUUUUUGGAAUUUAUUAUUUUUCAUUCUGUUUUUUUUUUUUGCAUUUCUUUUCAAUUUUCAAUUAUUGAUAAUUUGUUAAAAUAAAAAAUGGAACUCUUUAUUAAAAAGAGCGGCAAAUGUCGCAACUCAACAAAUACCUAUGAUGAUUACUUGCCUUCGAAUCCCUAUGUACAAACAUAGUUAUAAAUAAUACAUACCUAUUUUUAAUCCAAGUUCACCAUGAUUUCGAUAGGGGGAGGGGAGAUUGAUAAUUGAAAAUUUGUAAUAUAAUGUUAUAAUUUGUGUUUCCACAAUGUAAAGAAUUCUAUUGUGACAUCACAUUAGCUUUCUGAAAAAUAUAAUGAUGUCAUAAUAAAAUUUGAAAUAUUUCAUAAAAUACAAGAUUGAAAGGUACGUAGGAUCAUCACAUAAAUAUAUUCAAUAAAAACUCGAAUUUAAAAACAAGUUGAGAAGCUCAAAUCUAUAAUACAACGACAGACUUUUCAUGGUGAUGAUGAGAAUCAAAAUUUUUGACAGAAAGCCAUGACUUGACUGAUCAUAUUUAGGAGAAAUAAAAAAAGGCUCGCAUGCGACAACGUUUUGGUUGUCAAAAUUUGAUUUUUAUGAAGUUUAAAGUCGCGAGCCAAAAUUUCCUUCAAUAUGGAGUUGGGGCCAGGGUUAGUUCGUGUCUGGACCCGUGGGGCGUGGGGUUCUUGGACUUUACAGCCCGGCUUUUUGGCAUUAUCAGCAAUUGUUUUCUUUUUGAGUUAACUUUAUACCUAGCGUUAAUUUUCUUAGUGAGUUGCUUAUUUACUUUAUUAUUAGUAAAAUCUCACAAUGUUGAAAUUGAAAUGAAAAGUGAAAUUUGAUUGUCUUAAUUUCGGAAUGAAGAAGAAUUUUUGUACAUAAUUGGAUUAUUAAUUUUAUUUAUUUUCAAUUAUCUGCUGUAUAAUUUUUUUACAACGAAAUGUAUAAUAAUGUAUAUUAUUACCAAGCUUUUCUACAUGACCUAAUGGUACUAUACCUACCCUACUUUUUCAUAUUUUGCUCUUUUUUUCAGUUUGUCUUAUUUUCUUCCUUACGAAAAUAUUUGAAAUCAGGAUUAGAUAGGUUUGGUAAAAUAACUGGUUUAAUAUAAAAAAAAAAUUGACAAAUUAGCUUUUUUGUGGUUUUUAACUGAGCGUAUACUGCUUAAAAGCGUUGCUAUGUUUCAUUAUAGUUACUGAAACAUGAAAUAUCUGGAUUCAUUUAAAAUUAAAUAUAAUAAAUGUCCUUAACUGGAACUAUUUUUAAUAACCAAGCGGACUGAUAAAGAUAUAAAUUUGUCCAAAUAAUUAAAAAAAGUUUGAGAAACUUUUUCAAAACUUCCUAUUCAAACUAAAGAAGGGUGCUUCCUAACUAAUAUAGAUAUAUUCUUGACUUUCGACACACUUACACCCAAUGCUUACACAAUCGUGUAUUCUAAGUAUAUAAUAUGGGCCACAACCCAUCUCAUUUAUCUACGGUGAGAUGGAAGAUUUAUUCUCCAUUUUAUAUUCUAACCAGUUUUUUGUGCUCAAUUUUAUUUACAUUUCGCUUGAUUUGAUCUUUCUGCUUUAAGACUAACUAUAACAUUGUGUUAAAACUAAUUAAAAAUCCAUUGUUUAUGUUUCGAGCAAUUUUGUACUUAAUAUUCUAACGACUGUGAUUGUUGACUAUUCACUAUAUUACCAAUGUUAAUUACCUUUCGCUUAUUAUUUUAAAUUUCACUUUUUGGCAGAACAUUUCUGUAUAGAAAGAUCAUUUCUGCAAAUCAUUCCUAGACUUAUAUCCUAUGGUGCUAAUAUACCUAAAGUUUUAUCCUCCUAUUUAUGGUACUACUGAUUAUGACAAGAUUUCUUAUAUUCAUCUCUUCAGCAUGAUUCCCUAAACGAAUUUAUAUUAUGAUUUGCUGUAUUCAAUCCCCAUUAAUAUGGGAAGUUCAUUGCCCAAAUAUUGUUGGACUUGCCAGUAAAAAAGUCGUGGGUUCAAAUCCCACGCUAAUCAUCCACCCAUGCAAUAAAUUGGGUGAGCAAUGUCACAUCGAAAAGUUUUCAAACCAUCAUUCCGAACUAUUUUAGCUCCUACUAACAGUGAAUCUUGUGCCUUGAAAUGUGCAUUUAAUGUAUAGAAAAUGACAACAAGAAUUCUCUAUUUUAAAAUUUGAGCUGUCUUUGUUGUCUGAUUAUCCCUUAAACCAUAUCGCAGGAGCUUUUGAAAUCAUUUCACAUUAUAGCAGGAUGUAGCCUUGGACAUUAAGUAGGAAAAUAUGUUUUGGAGUAGUUUUUAUAAAUUUCUCUAUAUUAGAAAUUAUGCGAUAUCAAAUAUUUUGAAUCCAUUUUAACAGGCUAUUAACAUAUCAUAAUGAUUCAUAAGUACUUACAAAAAACUAUAAAAAUAGAUUUUACUGCUUCAUGACUUUUUUCUGAUGUUAUCAAAUUUCACUCUAAAAUAUUUCCCGGUUUAUAAUGGGGAAAACAUGUAUCCAUGCUUUUCACUAUGAGUAGAUUUUUCCUUGUUUGAAAUUUCAAACUAUUUUUAUGGGAUGCAAAAUUCAAUCUAUUUUUCAAAUUCUGAAGUAACUUCUUGUUAUGGAGCCAAAUUAAUGCUACAUCAUUGUGAAGAUCAUUUUGUUUCAUUUUUAGUCAAGAGUCCAACAUUAUGUUUUUUUUUUAGAAAAAAAUUCAAUUUAGUGCCAGAUGUAUUACAUUUUAGUCAACUUUCAAAUAUUAUCAAACUGGGAAAAAAUUCAUUUUUUUUGUUCAAAAUUUUAAUACUUUCAUAUGCUGUCUUUUCAUUGAUACUUUGAUCAAAAUUUGGUGCCCAAUCUCGACUGGUUACAUAUGGCCAAAUAUAUAUUAUAGUAAUGAAUGCGUGAUUCAUAUGUGCAGUCAAACGUGACUCUUAUAUGAACCACACCAGUUGACAUGUUUCAAAAAGGGCUGUGCUUCAUAUAAGCACAGUGUGCCAAAAUUUCGUGACCAACGGUUGUCCUACCAAUCACACUUUGUCCGCCCGUGGGACAAUGGGAAUAAAUGUUGGACACAAUAUUCUUGACACUCUUGUAUAACCAUAUUUUGACUGGUAAGAGGCGGUCAAUUUGCAAAAAAAAUUGUAAAUUAAAGUAGCGCUUUUAUUUUGUAUAGCUUUUUGAUCCGAUCUUAGAUGGCAUUAAAGGUCUGCAACCUGCCAUUACUGCGGUUCAUAAAGUGAAGGUGAAAUACUCAUUUUAUGUGCCUCAGUAUGGUAAGGGAGUAUGCCAAGGAUGUGAUCUAAGGUCGGUUUAGCAUGUAGUUUAUAUCGCCUUGUCUGCCCCAGUGUUCGUAUACUUUCCCCGGCAUUAUGUUAUACCUUCUUAAACUACAAAAGUGUAAUAUGGUAUGUUGCUUCUGCAAUUGAAUUGAAUAAACGAUAAAGAGGGGCCGCA